AAAAGACACGAGUAGACAGCACUCUGUAGUCGUAGAAAACAAAGUUAUCACGCGUAGAAAACAAUUUGUAGUUGUAGAAAAAUAGUUAUCACGAGUAGAAAGCGAUUUGUAUAAAAAUAAGAACUUGAUACAAUGUUUUAGUAUUGCUGUAGGUUUAUUAGAAUUCCAAAAGACGGCGCUAGGAUCCAGCGUCCUGAGCUCUGAUUUUCCCUCCCGACCGUGCAGCUCGAUCCAUUCUAAACGGUCCGCCAGAACCCUCACACGCAUGCCGCUACUUCCUGGAUGGAAGAAUGGAACGCUUCCAGCGCUGCCCUUGCCUUUGCCACAUUCUCUCUACAAUCAAUCUAAGUGACCGCGCGAGUCACCGCUGAAAGGACGAACACAUACAAUCAGUAUUAUUCGAACUUUCUCUUCAAGUUUACGAAAUUGAGUCGGACUCGUUUACUUUUCCUCUAGGAUUGACUUUUUUCUCCGUGAAAAGAAAGCCUGUCUGCAUGUGGCGGACCAUCACAACUAUGUAUCUGCGGUCCGCAUCCAUAGAUAUUCUUCGAAACAUAUGCUGAAUUUGUCUCAAUUGAAUUACCAUCAAACUAAACUCAAUUUGGGGGUGCAGUUGUGUUCAAAUCCUAUGUGGUUUACGUGUGUUUUCUGCAAUCAAGUUUAUGUAAUUUUGUAGACCUCAAACUUUGUCACCCGUUGCCUUCUGUUGCUCUCGAUGACUAUUCUGACAUGCGGCGAAUACUGGAAUCUAGCCACUGGUGGACCUUAUCCUUCAUGUUUUCAGCAUUGGCCAUGUUUACCCACUGCUAUCCUGCUCUACAGGGUGGCCAGUCGGGGCCAGUAGAAAAAGAGCAUCAUGGGAGCAUGGGGGGCAGGGUGAGGGAGAGGAGGGCGGCAGGAGGAGACUCCUACUGGGCUUAUUCAGGGACCCACGGGACUGGGGGCUGGGCCUCCUCCUACCCUGAGUGUGUGGAGAGGAACCAAUCACCAGUGGAUAUUUCAGACGAGGAUGCCCAGGUGUCUCAGGAGUACCAGGAGCUGACCCUCAAUGGGUUCAACGCUGAGUCGUCCAACAAGACCUCCAUGAAGAACACAGGGAAGACAGUGGCUGUGCUGCUGAAGGAUGACUACUUUGUACGGGGGGCAGGACUGCCUGGACGCUUCAAGGCGGAGAAGAUUGAGUUCCAUUGGGGUCAGAGUAACGGAUCAGCAGGGUCAGAACACAGCAUCAACGACAGGAAGUUCCCUGUGGAGAUGCAGAUCUACCUGUACAAUUCUGAUGACUUUGACAGUCUCAGUGCGGCCAUCAAGGAGAAACGCAUGAUUGCUGCGCUGGCUGUGUUCUUUGAGGUGGGGCGGAGAGACAAUCCAUCUGUAGAGCCCAUCAUCCAGGGACUGAAACGGGUGGUACACCACGAGAAGGAGACAUUCCUGAGUCCAUUUAUCCUGAGGGAUCUGCUACCAUCAUCGUUGGGGAGUUACUACCGCUACACAGGCUCUCUCACCAGCCCGCCCUGCAGCAAGGUGGUCGAGUGGAUCGUCUUCUCCAGGCCCGUCUUACUCUCCCACUCACAGCUGGAUGCAUUCUACUCCAUCUUCACCACGGAGCAGCAGGACCAUGUGAAGUCAGUAGAGUACCUGAGAAACAACUACAGACCCCUCCAGGACCUGGACAACAGGGAGGUGUCGAAGUCCGCUGUUAAAGAUGCCUGGCAGAGGGACCUGACUGACAGCCUGGGACUAGGUACAGAUGUCAUCACAGACGCAUCCAGAGUCUGCAGCAGUGCCCCAGUCAACAUGAAGAUCCAGCCACUGAACGGCACUGCCCUGUUGGUGAGCUGGCAGCGCCCGCUAGUGGUCUACCACCCGCCUAUCACCAGCUUCAUGGUCUCCUACAGCUGGAUGAAGAGUGACGUGGCCUACGAGAAGACUGGGGACCAGAACAUGAAGGCGGUGAUAACCCACGUGUCUCCAGACAUCCUGUAUCUGUUCAGAGUCCAGGCAGUGUGCCAGAGAGACCUACGCAGUGACUUCAGCCAGACACUGCUCUUCAGGGCUAACACCACCAGGAUAUUUGAGGGAACACGGAUAGUGAAGACUGGAAUGCCCACCGUCUCCCCAGCCUCCUCGGCGGACAUGGCUCCUAUCAGCUCCGGCUCCUCCACCUGGACCUCCUCUGGCCUCCCCUUCUCCUUUGUCUCCAUGGCUACGGGGGGUAUCGGCCCAUCCUCCAGCGGCAGUCAGGCCACGGUGGCAUCGGUGGUGACCAGCACACUGUUGGCCGGCCUGGGCUUCAGCGGAGGGGUCAUCUCUUCCCUGCCAGGCUCUCUCUGGCCCACCCAGGCCCCUGCAGCCAGCCCUGGGUCUAAUCCUGGCCUGGGUCCCAUCCCCAGCCGCCAGCCUACCCAGUCCCAGGCCUCCACUGAGCUCCCUUCUGACACAGACACCCCCACAGCGGAGGAGGAGGCAGGGGUGGACAGGGAGGCUGAGGGGGAGGAGGGAGAGAAGGAUGAAGGGGAAGACGACAGGAGGAAGAAGAAUAACAAGACAGUGCCUGAUGAGGUGGAGACAAAGAUGAACAGCACCGUGGUCAAAGUGCCCUCCUCCCAUGUCCCUACCCCCACAGCCAAAGAGAAAGGACAGGGGCAGGGAGAGCCUGUGGCUAACAGCACCACUGUGCCUCCCAGUGUAGGGGAGGACCAACUUUUCAGAGUGGACAGUAGCUCAGGGCCCACGGUGCAGCCAAAGAAGGACACAGCAGAGAGAGAGAUGCAGAUUCCCCAGAGCCCAACACGCUCCCCAAAGACUGGUGGGGAGAAGAGCCUUUGGCCUUUCUCUGUCCACACUGACAGAACUAGUGUGUCCAACAUGACCCGCAGCUCUCACCCUGGGGGGGGCCGGAUGGAGUGGAUCGUCCCGCUGGUGGUGGUCUCAGCCCUCACCCUGCUCUGCCUCGUCAUGCUACUGGCUGUCCUGGUCUACUGGAGGAGGUUUUUCCAGACAGCUCACUUCUAUGUGGAGGACAGUAGUUCUCCCAGGGUGGUGGCCAAUGAGAACAUCCCUGUCAUCCCCAUCCCAGAUGACAUGGAUGCCAUCCCUGUCAGGCAGUUCAUCAAACACAUCAUGGAACUCUACUCCAACAACUUGCACGGGUUCUCUGAGGAGUUUGAGGAGGUUCAGCGUUGUACGGUGGACCUUAAGAUCACUGCAGAACAUUCCAAUCAUCCUGACAACAAGCACAAAAACAGAUACAUCAACAUCGUGGCCUACGAUCACAGUAGGGUGAAGUUACGACCCCUGGCUGGCAAGGAUGCUAAACACAGUGACUACAUGAACGCUAACUAUGUAGAUGGUUACAACCAUCCCAAGGCCUACAUCGCCGCCCAGGGCCCUCUCAAGUCCACGUUCGAGGACUUCUGGAGGAUGGUGUGGGAACAGAACACCGGUAUCAUCGUCAUGAUCACCAACCUGGUAGAGAAAGGAAGGAGAAAAUGUGACCAAUACUGGCCCACAGAGAGCAGUGAGGAGUAUGGCAACAUUGUGGUGACUCUAAAGAGUACUAAAGUUCACGCCUGUUACACACUGAGACAAUUCCUCAUACGGAACACCAAAGUCAAAAAGGGUCAGAAGGGCAACCCGAAGGGGCGUCAGAACGAGCGGAUGGUGAUCCAGUAUCACUACACCCAGUGGCCUGACAUGGGCGUUCCGGAAUACACCCUACCUGUCCUCACCUUUAUAGGGCGCUCCUCUGCAGCACGCGCACCUGGCAUGGGCCCUGUUCUAGUGCACUGCAGUGCUGGAGUCGGGAGGACGGGUACGUACAUCGUCCUCGACAGCAUGCUGCAGCAGAUCAAAGACAAAAGCACAGUCAACGUCUGGGGCUUUCUCAAACACAUCCGCACACAACGCAACUACCUGGUCCAGACAGAGGAGCAGUAUGUGUUCAUCCAUGAUGCCCUGAUGGAGGCCAUCCUGGGCAGUGAGACAGAGGUACCCGCCUGGCAGCUCCAUGGUUACGUCAACAGCAUCCUCACCCCCGGCCUGGGGGGCCGCACCCGCCUCGACAAGCAGUUCAGGCUGCUGACCCAGAGUAACGGCAGCUUCGUGGAGUGUUUCAGCGCCCAGAAAGACUGCAACAAGGAGAAGAACCGCAACUCCUCAGUAGUUCCAUCGGAACGAGCUCGUGUAGGACUGGCCCCUCUCCCUGGAAUGAAAGGCACAGACUAUAUCAAUGCCUCCUACAUAAUGGGUUACUACAGGAGUAAUGAGUUCAUCAUUACCCAGCAUCCUUUACCCCACACCACCACAGACUUCUGGAGAAUGAUCUGGGACCACAAUGCCCAAAUCAUCGUCAUGCUUGCAGACAACCAUGGUUUGGCUGAGGAUGAGUUUGUGUACUGGCCGAGCAGAGAGGAGGCAAUGAACUGCCUAGCUUUCACCGUCACCCUGAUCAGCAAGGACAGACUGUGUCUCUCCAACGAAGAACAGAUCAUCAUCCACGACUUCAUCUUGGAGGCCACGCAGGAUGACUAUGUCCUGGAGGUGAGACAUUUCCAGUGCCCUAAAUGGCCCAACCCCGAUGCCCCUCUCAGCGGUACCUUUGAGCUCAUCAACGUCAUCAAAGAGGAGGCUAUGACCCGAGACGGACCCACCAUUAUACACGAUGAAUUUGGGGCAGUGUCUGCAGGGACUCUGUGUGCCCUCACCACCUUGUCUCAGCAGUUGGAGAGUGAAGGGGCUGUGGAUGUCUAUCAGGUGGCUAAGAUGAUCAACCUCAUGAGGCCGGGAGUCUUCACAGACAUAGAGCAGUACCAGUACCUGUACAAGGCCAUGCUGAGCCUGGUGAGCAGCAGAGACAGUGGGAUCAGCCCCAUCUACAUGGACACUAAUGGAGUGGUGGUCAUCAUUGACCAAUCAGAUCCUGCUGAGAGCAUGGAGUCGCUGGUCUGACUGGUCUCUGAUAUGACUGGUCUGACUGGUUACUGGUCUGACUGACCACACCAUCAUCCGAAGGCACUUCAUUUGUACAACUCUGAGGAACAAAGAGAACUUUGGCGGACUUUCCUUGAGGCCUUUUUAGCCAGAAAUAUUGGUUAAAUGAAUAACCUGAUUACUUUUGUACACUGAUAUAAACUUUUUUGAUAUUUAUUUUUUUCUUCAUAAUUGUUUGUCUUAAUUGUUAUCCUGCUGAGAGUUGUUAACUGUUACAUUGUUUCACGUGAGGAAAAAGAAAGCGUCUCUGUCCAGUUUACACUACACUGUCGGUGUUACUGCCUAAAACCCCGUUAGAUAAUGCAGUACCAUUAACGAGACCCUGGCUCCACUGUACUCUACACUCAUUGGAUCUCUUUGGAUUGUGGCAAAGAACAGACUUUAGCUUCAAUGAAUGAAGAAUGAGGACCAAGGACAACCCUGAAGGUCAACAUGAUCCAGUCCAAUAGAUUUCUCAAUACAGAUUAUCAGAGUUCAGUGUAUGACAGUACAGCUCACUUAACAAGCAUUGCAACACAUCGGGUCAACUCUUCGGUAAGACUUUAUUGUCGUAGUCUGUCUGUAGAUGCUCUACAGGUUUAUCAGUAAGAUUUCAACUCUACUAGCCCUAACCCUUAUCCUAAAUUUAACCCUUACCCUAAACCUUAUUCUAUACCUGACUCUGACCGUAACCUUAGCAAGCAGUUGCUUAUCAACAGAUCGUUUGUUGAGGGUAUGCCCAUCUGUAGUCCAUCUGUAGAUGCUCUAUCAGGACUAUCCAAAUAAAGUAUACCCAACGCUUCUUAUUCAGUAAAACCCACCUUAUCCCAGGAGCAUUUAUAAUCUGUAGAUUAUACAUGCUAUUCCUUUAUUACCCAAAUAUCUCUAUUCUAUUUGUAAAUUGUACCCAUUACUUAGAUUUUUUUAAAGUGGUAUUACAACAACUACUGUGAACAUUCAUUGCUUUAUAUUACGAUUUCUAUUGUUUUGUAAUCCAUAUGAAUAUAUACUUGAUCAUAUUAAGCAGCUGGUUUUGUAUACUCUGUCAUUCCUCCUCUCGCCUUGUGUGGAUUGGUGCUUGGACACACUGAGACCCAUAUUGUCAAUUUUGUUUUAAUAAAUGAUACUAGUUAGUUUCUAAACCCAGGUCUA